UUCACAAAUAAUGUCUUCAGAAUUAAAGUGCCUUACUACGCUUUCUUAAUUAUUUUAUAAAAUAGUAAAAGCUAAAUUCGGGAGUGUCCCAUACAAGAUGGUACGAUGGUGAACAUAUUUCUAUUGAGUUCAUUUAAGCCCUACACAUGCAGUGCCCGAAAUAUUAAUUUGACCUUCAAACACGAGUUCCUACGACUGCGUUUAUUUAACUCUCAUAUUAUCCCUAUCAUAAGAAAUCGUAAAAAAUUUAAUAUGAAUACAAUAAUUCUAAACAAUGAAGUUAAAAUCGGUGGUAACAAUCCGUGUUUUAUUAUCGCUGAAAUUGGACAAAAUCAUCAAGGUGACAUCGAGAUUGCAAAAAAACUGAUAAAGGCAGCUAAGGAAGCUGGUGCAGAUUGUGUUAAGUUUCAAAAAAGUAGUCUAAAAGAUAAGUUUACAAAACAACGAUUAGAUCAACCGUAUAAUAACACCAAUUCAUGGGGAUCCACGUAUGGCGAACACAAACUAUAUUUGGAAUUUUCCAAAGUCCAAUAUAGAGUCCUGUUAAAAUAUGCACAAGAUCUUGAUAUUACGUUUACAGCUUCUGCUAUGGACAUGGAAUCUUUCGACUUUUUACUUAAUCUGAAAGUCCCAUUCAUAAAGAUCGGGUCUGGAGACUCUAACAACCUACUUUACAUAAAAUACGCUGCGUCCAAGAAGGUUCCGCUGAUAGUUUCCACAGGAAUGAUAGAAAAAGCCACUGUGACAUCCAUCUAUGAUAUAAUAUCAAGUCACCAUAAACAGUUCUGCUUACUACAUUGCGUGUCAGCUUAUCCUACGCCAUACGAAGACUGUAAUCUGAGAGUCAUCCAGGAUUACAGGAACAGCUACGAUGUUCCUGUGGGUUACUCUGGUCACGAGCUGGGAAUAAAUGUCGCCAUUGCCGCUGUCGCUUUAGGAGCUAAGGUAAUAGAGAAGCAUAUAACUUUGGACAGAAGCAUGAAGGGCACGGAUCAUCAAUGCUCUCUGGUACCAUCAGAAUUACAGCAGUUAAUACUGGCAGUGCGUUCUUUGGAAACGACUCUUCGAACUCCUGUGAAAAUGAUACAUUUUUUCGGUAUGAAUUAA